UGUAUUUGCUGACUUUUUUGCCGCAGCUGUGAUUGGCUGGGCAGUGUUAAGGGAGCUGAAAACGAGCAUUGUGAUUGGCUCAGUUUAUCAGUAGUCAACAUCAUAUCUAAAAGGGAUCAGCAGUCCCAUUUCCCCCAUUACUCCUCCUACUACUCCCCUCGAUUCCUCCUCUAUCUUCUAACGGCACAGGAGAAGAGGAGUAGCAGAAGUUUCUGGACGCACCCAAACUUGGAAUUUUUCAAAGGACACGCACUCCAAAAUACUACAGUCAGGACAUGCUCAGGACAUGCCUAGGACAGUCACACUGACAAUCUGCAGACCAGCAAGUAAAUAGACUGAAGCUGCUGGGACUCUUUCUGUGUGUUUCUCAUAUCGUGUGCGUUCUUGAGGAAAUAUGUGACUGAAUAGUGUCACCAGUCCUGAUAGUUCUGAUGUUUGAUGUCACUGAAAAUUAUGUACCUUCCUGAAAUAAUGGAAGAGAAGAGUGAGAAAAUAAAGACCUGUGAAGUAAAUCUUCAAGGAGAACAAAAUGAGAUUCAAAGUUUUAGUGGAACUGCAGGAAGACCAAUCUCACCUGGAUUCAGCUGUGUGUCCUUCAGGAGUGCACAGUCAAUGGAUGACCCUAUAAAUUUCAUGGAUGGAUCAGUCUAUCAAGACAGUGGAACUGCAGAGAGACCAGUCUCACCUGGAUCCAGCUGUGUGUCCUUCAAGAGUAUAAAUUCAAUGGACCAACUGGUACCUAUGAUGGGAUCAGCCCAUCAAGACAGUGUAACUGCAAAUAGACCAGUCUCACCUGGAUCCAGCUGUGUGUCCUUCAAGAGUGCACAGUCAAUGGCUCUACCUGACAACUUAAAGGAUGGAUCAGCCCAUCAAGACAGUGAAAAUGAGAAGAGAUCAGAUUCCCCUAUAUCCAGCUGUGUGUCCUUGAAGAGUGACCAGUCAAUGCCAUAUCUGCCAGCUCAUCCCAGUUUUAAAGUGGAAUCAGAGCUCCAGGGAAGUGGAAUCAGGACAAGACCAAUCUCACCUGGAUUUAGCCGUGUGUCCUUCAAGAGUUCAAUGGGAUAUAUUCCUCCUUCCUUCAAAGAGGGAUCAGCUCAUCAAUACAGUAGGACUGCAGAAAGACCAAUCUCACCUGUAUCCAGCUGUGUGUCCUUUAAGAGUACAAAUUCAAUGUUUAAUCCUCCCAAUAUCAAGGAUGGAUCAGUCCAUCAAGACAGUGGACUUGCAGAAACGCCAAACUCAUCUGGAUCCAGCUGUGUUUCCUCCGAGAGUGAACAGUCAAUGUCAGGACCACUCUUCCUCAAAGAGAGAUCAACCCCUCAGAAAAUUUUGUCUCGUUCAGUCAGUGACACUGGAGUAAGGACGGGCUCAUCUCUAUCCACUCAGCAGCCCCUGGAGCAGCCUGUCUGGAACUAUUCUACUCACAAAAAAUCUACUUCACAGCAAAGAGACAAAAGCGGGUCAGAGCCGGAUGCCAAUGGUGAACAGCAUCAAAGGAAUCCUAAAGAUUUCUUUGACAUCUUCAAUGAUCUUGAGAACAAAAUGAUUGUGUUUAUAAAGCACGAGCUGAAAUUGUAUAAGAAACUUCUGAGAAAGGAAAACACAACUUACUACAGAAAUGUCAAGCAAGUAAGGUGGAAUUUGAAACAGACAGUCCUCAGCAUGACAUUGUCUUUUCUGAACCUGAUGAAUCAUGAGGACGUCGCCUCUGCUUUGCAAAAGGAGCUGAUUGAAGUUAUACAGCAUCCACUUAAAGAAGGAAUGAAAAAUAAGUAUCAUCAUGUUUGUGAAGGAAUUGCAAAGCAGGGAGAAUCCACCAGUCUGAAUAAGAUCUACACAGAUCUGUACAUCACUGAGGGUGGAGCUGGACACGUCAACAAGGAACAUGAAGUGAGACGUAUUGAGAAAAAUCUGAUGCAGCAAGAGGUACAGAUUGAAUGCAGGAACAUGUUUGAAUGUUUACCUGGACAAGACAGACCAAUCAGAACUGUUCUGACACAGGGAGUUGCAGGAAUUGGAAAAUCGAUCUGUGUGCAAAAGUUAAUUUUGGACUGGGCUGAAGGUAAAGAACAUCAGGACAUCCAGUUCAUAUUUCCACUUCCUGUCCGGGAACUGAACUUAAAGAGAGGAAAUCAAAGUUUGAUGGACAUCAUCGGAUAUUUCUUCCCAGAGACACAAGGCCUGAUAUUAACAGACCAGUACAAAGUCAUGGUAAUCCUUGAUGGACUGGAUGAAUGUAAACUUCCUCUGUCUUUCCAUAAAAAUGAAAUCUUGAAAAAUGUCUGUGAAGCAGCUCCACUGGAUGUUGUGCUUACAAACCUCAUCAAUGGAAAUCUGCUUCCCUCAGCUCAGAUCUGGAUAACCACUAGACCAGCAGCAGCCAGUAAGAUCCCUGCAGAGUGUGUUGACCGGGUGUCAGAGGUCCGCGGCUUCAAUGAUCAGCAGAAGGAAGAGUACUUCAGAAAGAGAAUCAGUGGUCAGGACCAGGCUAACAAAAUAAUUGACCAUAUCAGAGAAUCCAGGAGCCUCCACAUCAUGUGUCAUAUCCCAGUCUUCUGUUGGAUCUCAGCCACUGUGCUUCAGAAAAUUCUGGAAGAAACAGAGAGUGAGGAAACACCAAAGUCAUUGACGGAAAUGUACACAUGCUUUCUGAUCUUUCAGAUUGUGCAGGGGAACAAGAAGUACUUUGGAAAGAAUGUCUUGGACACCCCAUGGGAUGAAGGGUUAAUUUUGGCACUGAGUGAAUUGGCUUUUCAGCAACUGGAAGAAAACAGCCUAAUCUUCUAUGAAGAUGAUCUAAAAUCGUGUGGAAUUGACCCCAGUAAAAUAUCGGUGUUCUCUGGACUGUGCACUCAGGAGACUGGUAGAUUCCUUGGUACAGUUUUCAGCUUUGUUCAUCUGAGCAUUCAGGAGUUUCUCGCUGCUGUAUUUGCAUACAUUUGUGUCAGAAAUGAGCACAGAAGCGUUUUUGAACCACAGUCCACAUCACAAGAGAGCAAAACAACGGAGCUCAUUGAUUUUCUGAAGACUGCAGUAGACAAGGCUUUGGAGAGUGACCAUGGCCACCUGGACCUCUUCCUUCGUUUCCUUCUGGGACUCUUGCUGGAGUCUAAUGAGAAGCUCAUCCAAGGUCUGUUGACUCAGACAGGAAGUAGUUCUGACAGCAGAAAGGAAAUAGUUGAGUACAUCAAGUUAAAGUUCAAGGAAAAUCCCUCUCCAGAGAGAUCCAUCAAUCUGUUCUACUGUCUGAACGAGUUAAACGAUGAUUCUCUGGUAAAAGAGAUCCAGAGUUACAUGAGUUCAGGACGUCUCUCUGAAGCUGAACUCUCACCUGCUCAGUGGUCAGCUCUGGUCUUUGUGCUGCUGACAUCUAAAGAGAAACUGGAAGAGUUUGAUCUGAAAAAGUUCAUCAGAUCAGAGGAGUGUCUUUACAGACUGCUGCCAGUGGUUCAGGAAGCCAAAACUGCUCUGCUCAGUGACUGUAGCCUGACAGAAAGAAGCUGUUCAGCUCUGCUCAAAGUUCUCAACCUUAAAUCCUCUACAUUGACUCUGCUGGAUCUGAGCUACAAUCCAAUACAGGACUUUGGAGUAGAGCUUCUCUCUGAAGGACUGAAAAGUUCAAACUGUAAACUGGAGACACUGAGACUUUCAUUCUGCAGUAUAACAGAGAGAGGAUAUGGUGCUCUGGCCUUAGCUCUUAAUCCCUCAUCUCCACUGAAAGAGCUGGAUCUCAGAGGGAAUGAUCCUGGAGACACAGGAGUGAAGAUCAUUACUCACUUAUUACAGGAUACAACUUAUAAACUUAAUAAACUAAGACUAUUAAAAAGCGCUGCUGCUGAAGAAGUCUAUGCGUCUCUGACUGAAUCUCUAGGAACAGACCCCUUACUGCUGUCAGAGCUGGAUCUGAGUGGGAAAAUACAAGGAGACUCUGAAAUGAAGAAGCUCUCUCAUCUACUGGAAGAUUCACACUGCAGAACUAAGAAACUUAAGCUGAAUAACAGCAGUAUUACAGAGGAAGGCUGUGCUGCUCUGUCAUCAGCUCUUUGUUUAAAUCCUUCACACCUGAUUGAGCUGGAUCUGGGAGAGAAUAAACUUGGAAACUCUGGAGUCAUGAAGCUCUGUGAACUACUGAACAAUAAUUUCUGCAAACUGCAGAGACUGGGAAUUGCAGACUGUUGUAUAACAGAGAAAGGAUAUGCUGCUCUGGCUUCAGCUCUGAAAUCAAACCCUUCAUCAACCCUGAUGGAGCUGGAUCUCAGAGGAAACGAUCCUGGAGAUGAAGGAGUGCAGCUGCUCACUGAUUUAACAAAGAAUGAAAACAGUAAACUGAAAACACUGAGACUGUUGAAAAGUCCUGCUGCAGAAAAAGCCCAUGCUACCCUUACAAAAAAACUAGGAGCAAAUCCUUUACGGCUGAGAGAGAUGGUUUUGAAAGGGGAAAUACAAGGAGAUUCAGGAUUAAAGCAGCUCUCUGAUCUACUGAAGGAUUCACAUUGCAGAAUUGAGAUACUUGGGCUAAGUAACAGCAACAUUACAGAAGAAGGCUGUGCUGCUCUUUCAUCAUCUCUUUGUUCAAAUCCCUCACACCUGAUCGGACUGGAUCUGUGUGAGAAUAAACUAGGAAACUUAGGAGUGCAGCAGCUGUGUUCCUUCCUGAAUAACACUCACUGUAAACUGCAGCAAUUCAGGCUUUCAUUCUGCAGUAUAACAGAAGAAGGAUAUGCUGCUCUGGCUUCAGCUUUGAAGUCAAACCCUUCCUCACUCCUGACUGAGUUGGAUCUCAGAGGAAAUGACCCUGGAGACACAGGAGUGGACUUACUCACUGAUUUACAAAAUGAUCCAGCAAGUAAACUGAAGAAAAUAAGGUUAUUGAAAAGCCCUGCUGCAGAGAAAGCCUGUGCUUCUCUGACUGCAGCUUUAGGAACAAACCCUUUACUGCUGAGAGAGCUGGAUCUGAGUGAGAAAAUACGAGGACGCACUGCAGUAAAUCAGCUCUCUGAUCUACUAGAGGAUUCACACUUCAGACCCAAGAAACUUAAGCUGAAAAAUGGCAACAUUUCAGAAGAAGGCUGUGCUGCUCUAUUAUCAGCUCUUUGUUUAAAUCCUUCACACCUGGUCGAGCUGGAUCUGAGUGAGAAUAAACUAGGCAAUUCUGGGGUGGAGCAGCUUUGUGAUCUAGUGAACAAUCAGCACUGUAAACUGCAAAAACUGAGACUUAAGAAUUGCAGUAUAAAAGAGAAAGGCUGUGCUGAUCUGGCCUCAGCUCUUUGUUCAAAUCCAACUCACAUCAAUGUUCUGGAUCUGAGUAAAAAUAAACUAGGAGAUUUAGGAUUAAAUCAGCUCUAUGUACUGGUGAAGAAUCAGGAGUGUAAACUACAGGAACUGCUGCUUAAGGAGUGCAGUGUAGGAGAGAAAGGCUGCGCUGCUCUGACUUCAGCUCUGACCUCAAACCCCUCACACCUGAGAGAAGUGGAUCUGCAGGGGAAUAAACUGGGAAAGUCAGCAAAACAGCUCUCAAAGCUAAUGAAGCAUUCGAGAUGCCAUUUGUGGCUGAAAAAUAGCAACCUUUCAGAAGAAGGUUGUGCUGCUCUAUUAUCAGCUCUUUGUUCAAAUCCUUCACAUCUGAUAGAGCUGGAUCUGAGUGAGAAUAAACUAGGCAAUUCUGGAGUGAAGCAGCUUUGUGAUCUUGUGAACAAUCAGUGCUGUAAACUGCAAAAACUGAGACUUAAGAAUUGCAGUAUAAAAGAGAAAGGCUGUACUGAUCUGGCCUCAGCUUUUUGUUCAAAUCCAACUCACAUCAAUGUUCUGGAUCUGAGUAAAAAUAAACUAGGAGAUUCAGGAAUUAAGCAGCUCUGUUUACUGGUGAAGAAUCAGGAGUGUAAACUACAGGAACUACUGCUUAAGGAGUGCAGUAUAGGAGAGAAAGGCUGCGCUGCUCUGACUUCAGCUCUAACCUUAAACCCCUCACACCUGAGAGAAUUGGAUCUGCAGGGGAAUAAACUGGGAAAGUCAGCAAAACAGCUCUCAGAGCUAUUGAAGAAAUCAGGAUGCCCUUUGCGUGAACCGGAAGAGGAAGAUGAAGCUCUGGAUGACCAGACCCAUCACCAGUGACCUGAGUACUGAGGAAAAGGAUGUUUGUUCAGAUGAACAAAACAAAACAGAGGGUGCAGAUGGUGAUUGUGAAGUGAAUCAGAAUGACCGGUCAAAGAUCUUGCAAAUUUGAAAGUCUGUAGCAGUAAAAUUGUACUAACUGUACAAGUUGCUUGUGUAUCAGAAUACAACUUAUAUCUUUGUAAUAACAUGGUGUGAAUAGUUGGAAAAAACUCAUGGAAGUCAUGGAAUUUGCCCGAAUGUGCAAAAUGGGAUAUUUGUAUAGAGAAGAGGCAGCACAGAGCUAGCAAGCUUUAGACUAAAAACCCAUACAGAGUGCUGUACUUAGAAACCAGCGCUAACUGAAGAGGGAAUCUCAGAGUGAGAGAGUGAAAGAACGGAGGGGAUAGUUUGUGUUUUUAGGGGAAAAAAUAGAAGGAAAGAUAAAUGUCCAUAGAUGUACAAACGGACAAAUUAGUACUACUUUUAGUUUUUGUCUAAAGUUUGUCUACUUUUAGUUUUCGUCCGCGUGCUGCAUACGCCUCAUUCUUCUAGUUGACAAGUACGUACAAUGUAAAAGGUAAAGGUACAAUGCUAAAUAUGUUUAUUACCAUGAUUAACAAAUGUAACACUGUAAUGUCUAAUCUAUUGUAGGAACUGACUGUUUUAAAUGCAGUGUCACACAGACUGUGAAUAAAUAUGUGGAAAAAAAACAAAUACCUGUUGUUCUGAACU